CGGCCUUCUACCGCGAAGUCUGUAGAAAAACUAAAAAUUCGCUAUUCUUAUCUUAUCACAAUAAAUUAUGUGCACAAGUGUUCGGAUCACGCCGUGUAAUGGACAUAACAUUUGUCACACAAAAUACGGAACAUACAAAACAGUUGCAAAUACAUUCAUGGAACGUUCAGAGUUGACGUUGAGUUUCCACAAUUUAAUAAAGCGAGAUGAAGAACUGUAUGGCUACACAAACUAUGCGAUGGACACCCCGACACCCACCACGGGGGACUGCAUGCAAGGCAUCUUCCAGCCCAUGGACUCCCUGACCCAGACUCUGGACUCCGACUUCGAUGAGAGCCUUGCUGUGCCCGAGUCACUAUCUGUGAUCGGAGACAAGAAUGAUGGCAAGGAGGAACAUGAUUCUGUAACAACGGCAGUCCCAUUCAUAGAGGUCCACAAGCCACCAGUGAAGUUCAACUCAGUGCAUAGGAAAGUGUUCAUUCCCGGUAUAGAAAUAAAGGUCAAAUUCGUGGAGAACGAAAGGAGCGUAACGACACAUCUACUAAAUCCUAAUUUAUAUACAAUAGCCCUCCAACAUGGCGAGUUCUCGUGGACAAUCAAAAAACGCUACAAACAUAUCUUGUACCUCCACCAGCAACUCACGUUAUACAGAACAUCGCUUGAUAUACCAUUCCCGACCAAAUCGCACAAGUCCCGAAGGGCGAGUUUCAAAAAUACUGUCAACACCGAGGAGAAAGCAGAGAAGGUGGCGCUGCAAGCGCUGCCGAGGUCCGAGUCGAAGAAAAGAGACGGAAGACCCAGGAAACGAAAAGGGGCUUUACCAAGAUUUCCGAAGAAACCCGAAGUUAUGAUCACAUACGAAGGCCUGCAACUCCGGAUGAAACAGCUAGAAGAAUACUUGUACAGUCUGCUCAAUAUAUCCAUUUACAGAAACCACCACGAGACGGUGAAGUUUCUUGAAGUGUCCAACCUAUCCUUCGUAGCGGAAUUGGGAGGGAAGGGCAAAGAAGGAAUUAUACUGAAAAGGACAGGAUCCACUCAGCCCGGACAGGCGGGGUGCAACUGUUUCGGUCUGCUCGGCGCCAUGGUGUGCGUCAGAUGUAACUAUUUCUGUACGGGUUUAGUGUGCGCCAAGUGGCAAGAAAGAUGGUUUUUCGUGAGGGAUACUUUCUUUGGCUAUAUCCGGCCGAGAGAUGGCGUCGUCAAAGCUAUCAUGCUAUUCGAUCAAGGAUUUGAAGUCUCCAGCGGUAUGUACUCAACUGGGAUGAACCAUGGUCUACAAAUCCUCAAUCACAGCCGACAGAUGGUCAUCAAGUGUUGGACCAAGAGGAAAAGCAAGGAGUGGAUGCAGUAUCUCAAAGCUGUGGCGAAUCAAAGUGCAAAAGACUUCACUCAGCCGAACCUCCACCAUUCGUUCGUGCCUCCGCGGCCUUCCACUCCUGUGGGGACUCUGGUAGACGGCUCGUCAUACUUGUCAGCGAUCGCGGACGCCAUGGAGUUGGCCAGACAGGAGAUAUUCAUAGCCGAUUGGUGGUUGAGUCCAGAGAUAUAUAUGAAGAGACCCGCGCUCAAUGGAAAUUAUUGGCGGCUAGAUACUAUACUCAAGAGGAAAGCGGCGCAAGGUGUCAAAAUCUUUAUAAUGCUUUACAAAGAAGUGGAGAUGGCCAUCGGUAUCAACAGUUACUACAGCAAGACCAAAUUGGUCGGUGAAAACAUCAAGGUUUUCCGUCACCCAGACCACGCGCGCGCCGGCGUGCUGUUCUGGGCGCACCACGAGAAGCUGGUCUGCGUCGACCAGACUGUGGCCUUCGUCGGGGGCAUCGACCUCUGCUACGGCCGCUGGGAUGACCAUAGACACAGGUUAACAGAUCUCGGCAAUAUAGCGCAGCCGCACUCAUCAAUAAAGUCUAAGAAGAAGACGUCGAGUUCCCCCGGCGGCGGAAUUUAUCUUCCUCUAGGAAACGGACUCGAAGCGUCUUUGGAGCUGGCGAGAAACACCAGAGAUCUCGUUAUCAGCUUGAAUGACGUCCCGGCGCAAGAACAAAAAACAGAUGAAACACAAAGCGACACACAAACAGACACCGAUACAGACACACAAUCAGAAGCGAAACCUGCCCUUCCAGUAUUACAACCGGGAGACCAACUCCUCAUAUCCUCUCCUCAUGACGGCCAAGACAAAGAUUCGCCCGAAAUUCAGAAACGGAACGUUUUAAACAAAAUAACGAAUCGAGGGAAAGACAUCAUCAGUAUUAUUUACCCACCGUACGAAGAGGAAAGGAACGAACAGAAGUUCGAUGAUAAUGAAAGGAAAAAAGCUGAGAAAUACGCUUUGUCUACAGAUCAAGUGUUAUUAACUGAAGCUUUUGGUAUUCCCGUUAAAGAUGGUAGUAAAGUCAGUAAGCCCACGCCGCUUGCGCAUGUGGAAGAGGGCAGAGUGAUUACGGAAAGUACUAAGGACGCGUUGGAGGGGAUAGAAGGAAACUCAAAACUGUGGAUAGGGAAGGAUUAUGUCAACUUUAUUGUUAAGGACUUCAAUAAUUUAGAUCUGCCAUUUGUAGACUUAGUGGACAGGAGCACAACGCCGAGAAUGCCUUGGCACGACGUCGGCGUAGUAGUACAAGGCGCGGCGGCGCGGGACGUGGCCAGACAUUUCAUACAGAGGUGGAACGCUAUAAAGUUAGAGAAGGCGAGACAAAAUGCAAAUUAUCCGUACCUGAUCCCGAAGUCAUACUCAAAUAUUCUGCCUCUACAAGAUCUGGACAAGUUGCUAAACAUCGAUAUCACUCCAGCGUCGUGUCAGGUCCUUCGAAGCGUGUCAAGUUGGUCGUGUGGCUUCUUAGAUCCGGAUACUGUGGAGCAAAGCAUACACGAAGCUUACGUCGACACUAUAACCAGGGCACAACAUUAUAUCUAUAUAGAGAACCAAUUCUUCAUCACGCUGUCGAGGUCUAAUACCAAUGUGCGGAAUCAGAUAGGCGAGGCGCUCUUCAACAGGAUAAUGCGUGCGGUGCGAGCAAGGGAAACGUUCAGGGUGUUUGUAGUGAUGCCGCUGCUGCCCGGCUUCGAGGGCGAGGUCGGCGCCUCCUCCGGCGCCGCGCUGCACGUCGUCACGCAUUGGAACUACCAGAGCAUAUCUAGAGGUCGUGAAGCAAUCCUGACACGUCUUUACGAAGCUGGCGUGUCAGAUCCCUCACAAUACAUUACCUUCCACGGCCUUCGAACACACUCUGUGUUAGACGGAGAGCCUAUCACCGAACUGGUUUAUGUUCAUUCAAAGUUGUUGAUCGCUGAUGACAAAACCAUUAUAUGCGGCAGUGCUAAUAUUAAUGAUAGAUCUAUGAUUGGGAAGAGAGAUUCUGAGUUGGCUGUGUUGAUACAGGACGAGCAAUACACAGACGGCACUAUGAACGGCUCAGCAUUCCCGUGCGGUAAGGUCGCCGGUGCGCUUCGUAAAAGGCUGUUCAGGGAACACCUCGGGCUGACGGAGGUCGAGCUCGGGCGCGCGGGCUUCAGCGUCGACGACCCGUGCUGCGAUCACUUCUACAACAUGUGGAAGAACACGUCUACGCAGAACACCGCUGUUUAUGAAGAGGUCUUCCACACGAUACCAACGAAUUCUGUCCACACAUUUGCAGAAUUAAAGAAAUACAACGAAAAUAACCCAGAAAACCUAUGGCACAAGGAUCGGUCACUCGCCAAUAUGAAAAUAGAUGUCAUACAAGGUUACCUAGUGGACAUGCCACUAGAUUUCUUGUGUAACGAGGUUCUAACGCCACGGAAUACUUCUGUAGAAGGCAUGAUGCCUUCUGCUUUAUGGACUUAGUCUAGUGGAUUUUUAAGUUUGGUUUAGAAAUUGAAACUUAAAAAUAAUAAAUUUGGUCAAAAUAGUCUGUGGAUUUUGAUCGAAUACGGGCCAAUAUAAUGUCUUACAAGGUUAUGUAUUAGAUUUCUUAUGUAAUGAAGUUCUAUAACCUAAAGAUAUUUCUGUUGAAGGCAUGAUACAUAAAUUGCUAAGUAUGUAGUCGUUUGGAUAGAGAUAAUAUGAAAAAAAAUGUUGUUUUUGUGAAACUAUAAAGUUUGUUACUCUAUGCCAUAGUCUAUGGAAAAUAACAUCUACUUUUGUGUUUUACAAUUUUGUGGGUCAAAUUCGGACCCUAUUUAAACAAAGUAGAAAUAGUUUUUGAUAGUCGACAUCGCUGGAUCGAUGAAUUGUUGAAAUGAAUCUUAAAAUUUUUUGCAAACAGUUAAGGGGCAUUUUGAUGUCACAGCCGGGAGUAUGAGAGAGACAGAGAUAGAGGCUUUUAUUCAGCGGUGGGCCAUAGAAAAAAAAA